UUGGUUUUGAAAGGGGGGGGGGACAAUGGGGAGUGAGAAAAAAAGCGAUCGCGAGAAAAAAUGCAAGCUCCCAAAAAUAAAGAGCAAAGAUUGCAUUGAGCAGCGAGCAGCAAUGCAGAAAUAGAUGGCAGUUUCGUGUCAGUGAGUUUGCAUUCCCCCUUCCUGGUCCAAGAAGUGGAGUGAUUAGAGCUCUGGAAGGGAAUUGCAUUUACUACAAGUGAAGGAGUCCCCCCUCUUUUGCUGGCUGCUGUUUGCACUGUGCAUAUUGGGUGCAUCUAGCCAUUCUCACUGGGUUUUUUUUUCUUCCCCUCUCUUUCCUGCAUCGAUUUUUUUUACAGUGUGACAGAAAGAACACAAAACAAAAAAGAGACAUUGGAUCUUUUGUUUUUAUGAUCAAAAACAAAACCCCACCACAAGCAAACAAACACAAAACAAAACAAAAGGGUUUUGCUCAGCAGCAGCAUGGAUGUGUUGGCUAGUUAUAGUAUAUUCCAGGAACUACAGCUUGUCCACGACACCGGCUACUUCUCAGCUUUGCCAUCCUUGGAGGAAAACUGGCAGCAGACAUGCCUUGAGUUGGAACGUUAUCUUCAGACAGAACCAAGGAAGAUCUCAGAGAACUUUGGUGAGGACUGGGACUGUUUUCUUCACACCUCUUCACCCCCAGUCUCAGAGGACAGUAUCCGACGGCUGGACCCUAUCCUGUUGCCAGUGGAGACAAGUACAUGUGACAAAAGCACCAACAUAGACCUUAUCCUCUCACGGGACAAGCUGCUGUCUGAGACGUGCCUCAGUUUGCAGCCCACCAGCUCUUCCAUAGAAGGUUACACCACUGUCAACCAGGCCCAACUCAAUGCAGUGACCUCAUUAACGCCUCCUUCCUCUCCUGAACUCAGCCGCCAUCUGGUAAAAACCCCACAAACUCUCUCAGCCAUGGAUGGCACGGUAACAUUGAAACUGGUGGCUAAGAAGGCGUCGUUCAGUUCAGUUAAGGUGGGAGUGGCGGCGGUGGCGGCAACAGGAGGCAUGAUAAAGAGUGGGCAAAAUGACAGUGAGCAAGGUGGAUCCGGGGCUGAGGCAUCCCCAGAAAACAAGAAAAGGGUUCAUCGCUGUCAUUUUAAUGGGUGCCGGAAGGUUUAUACAAAGAGCUCCCACUUAAAGGCUCAUCAGAGGACUCACACAGGUGAGAAGCCUUACAAGUGCUCAUGGGAAGGGUGCGAGUGGCGUUUUGCACGUAGCGACGAACUCACGAGGCACUACAGGAAACACACAGGCGCAAAACCCUUUAAAUGCAACCAUUGUGACAGGUGUUUUUCCAGGUCUGACCAUCUUGCCCUCCACAUGAAGAGACACAUCUAAGUACCUAAAAUCCGUCAGCAUGGCCUAGAUGGCCACUGAGCUAAAAGACAUAGCAUGAAGGGUGGAACUCAGUUAUAAGCUGCUGCCUUGCAGAAGAAGAGAACCCAAUCACAUGUAAACCUCUGUACACAGACCCACACUCACACUGUCGUGCACCCAACUAUACUUAAAUACUUACAUCUGUUCUUUCUGCCUUGCCCCAGCUGGAUGGAAGAAGAUGCAGGAAAGAAAAUAGGGUAGGGAUGAAGUCAGUAAGAUAGAACAGUUGCUUACAGUACUUCAUCACUCUUGGAUUUAUUUCCUGUUAUUGCCAAUGGAAAUCAAAGUAAAUGGAAGAAGCUUCUCUGCAGGUGGACAGCAAGUAGGAGGGGCUUAUUUAACUUGCUUCUCAAUGCAACUCCAUAGGAGAAUGUCAUCUUGAAGUUGCAUAUUUGUAGCACUAACUUUUCUUUUUUAAAUAGAUGGGGGUGGUGAGGGGAGGAGGGGAAUAAUGACCUAGAAAACCAAAUCCCAGUUUGGUAGCCAAAAUUAACCUCUUGGUUCUUUUGUUCUUUUUCUGCGAAUUCCUAAUGUUCAACAUGUCAAACUUUUCAGACACUGAUCUGUCUUGGUUUUGGUUCUUCCUAGAACUGAGCAAUUAAGAUCCUUUUAAGUCAAUACCAAUGGCCUUAAUGGCAGUUGACUGUGGAGUGACACCUGUGACACAUACAUCAUCUGUUUGGCCUGAGUUUAUGUAGACUUCAUGGAGGACAAUAUUUUUGUUUUUUGGUGGGCUGUGUUUUUUUGGGUUUUUUUGGCUAUUGCACGCUGUAUGCGCUGGUAGGGACUAUAGAAGUGGCUGGCAUGACUGGAAAGCGGCCAAAGGAAGAGUCCCUGAGAAAACAUCAUGUUAUAUCUCCAUAGGCAUCACCUUAUUGCUAUAGGUGGGACUUCUUGUUUGUCUGAUGAAAACUUGAAAAGCUCAUGUGAUAGCUUAGACAUUUUAUCUUUUCUCCAUGAACAAGUGAUCUUCAGAACUCGUUUUUUUCACCGGCUUAUCUGUCUUGGACUGGCCAAUCAGCCAUGACUACAGCUUUCCUUCAGAACCACGUGAGCAUGUUGGCUACAGUUCACAGUGAUUGACAAAUUGUGUUGUGUGAUCUUGUUGUUCAAAUGACCAAUUUAAAACAUUGAAUUUUAUUUGUUAAAAGAACACCUGCAAACAUUCAAGUUUCUAACCUAACUUUUGGGUAAGCAUCUUAAAAAAAAAAAAGCCAAAAAUACUACUCCAGUACCACAGUGGGAAAGUGUGAACCUCUUCCAGAUAAAGUGGCUUUAUUCAGCAUUAAUCUUUGAAAGGAAAGAUUGACAUCCUCCUUUCCCUUUCCCAUUCCCAUUCAAGGUGAUGGUAUUGCCCACUCCUAUAAAAAAUUAUAAGACUAUUUAAAGGGUGAAUGAAGGGUUGGAUUUUGUGCACAGCACUGAAGAUUUUUCAAGUGUUUGGUCUAAAGUAUUGGUAGCAUGGGUCUAGUUUGGCCUUCUGUCUGUACCAGCAAGGAUCAGUGGACGCCUUCCACUCACCCUUGAAUCCUGUAGAUAAUUUGAUCAUCUUGGCUCAUAGUGGACUAAAUUUCUUGUUUAAAAAAACAAAAUUAAAAGUAACAUAGAUAUAUAAACACAACUUGCAUUUAUAGCAAGUUGGUACUGGCCCUAACUCCAAAGACUGCCUCUAGGACCAUAUAAAAUGGCCUGUGCAAGCAGGUGGGGUAGUCAUAAGGACAGAUUGUAUAUUUUGUAUAUUCUGGAACCCUCCCUACAAGACCUGUCUAGAAAGGACACAAAAUGGCAUGUGGUUCACAAAUGGUUGCUGCUCAUUUAUGCUGUAUUAGCCAACUGCCAUCUUUUGACUGUUUUGACUCAUUGACUGUUAAAUAUUUCCCUUUUGGGAUGAACUCUUAAAAAUCCAUAGCUGUAAAAUGUAAGAACCACCACUGGAAUCAUUGGUACUUACGUUCUCAGCUUUUGUGCAGCCUUUGUUCCAGUCAGAGAUUGAAUCUACCUGAAAGAUGUUUAUUUUGCUCAUAGUUUGUUAUAAACACUGACUGUCAGUUGAACACUUUGGGGCAUGAGACAUGGACCAAAAUCUAACCAUCUUUUGGGAGGCAAUGAUGUAACAAUGAAGAAAAAAAAAGAGAGAAAAUUGAGUUUUAGUCCAAAGAUUUAAAACUAACUAUACUAUUAAAAAUAAUCAAUGGAGCACUCACUGCUUGCUGACAAUCUCAUAGUUCUCUGCUUCUGUAUUGAAUACUCUUCAUGGCCAUUCCAUCCAGGGGCUCAAUUGGAUUCUGAGGGCCCUACAGCCCAACUUGUGUUUGAACGUGUGAAGCAUCUUACCAGGAGAUUUCAUGGGUGCUUAAGGAUAUUUGAACCUCAGCUAUGUGAAACUAUAGAACAUCCAUUUAGUGCAUUAGAUACAAAUAUAGAAAACCAUAACAGUUCUUUCCCAUAUCAUCCUACAGUACGUGCGCACAUGCCUGCCACUACAUUAGUCAUUGGUAUUGAACCUGCAUAAAUGUUCUCAUCAGAACUCUAGGUACUCCUCUACAAAUGCUACUAACAGUCCAGAAGACUUUAAUAUUAAGGCACUUUAAGAACAAGGCUGUACUUAAAAAGGAAAAAAAUUGAAAAGAGAAAAUAUGUGCUUCCUCUUGUCACUUGAGGUCUUGUUGACCUCUCGUUUAAUAUAGAGCAAACAAGGGCCCUUUUAAUUUCUAUCACACAUUUCUGCAAUAUUUGGAAACUUUUUUCUACUGAUAGGUGUGAAUCAAAAUUCUGGAUUAAAACACCCCAGAACCACAAGAAACCAAAACCAGGAUUUCUCAGUUAGGGGCUGUUUGUAAUGGGCCUCCAACUUUGAAAGAGAAAUUUUGGGUUUCAGGUACAUCACUGAUGUUUUCCCUAGACAUUUGUAACCGGCAUAUAUUGUGUCCCAGAACAGUGCAUUUAAUGGUAGAAAGUACUUGCUCUAGUAUCAUAGAGGACAAUUGGUAAAGUGAACUGUUUGGUCAUGGUUAAGAUUUUUCAAAUAGCAGGUAGGGAUUCGGUGUGCCCAACUUGAGACAACUUCACUGGGUCUGAUUCCCAUGCGUUGGUGCUCAGCACUCUGUAGAGAAGCCAGUCCUCCUUUUCAGUGCUGAAGACCUGAGGCAACCAAAUUCAUUAACCACUUUUAAAGGUCUUAGCCUAUGUUUUUUCUGCUACAUCUGCAUUCACUUCUUCUACCUUGUAAACAAUCUACCUAAGGCCACUGAAAAAUGGGAAAGAGCUAAUUCUUUCCAAAAGGCUGCUUUGGGAUUCCCACAAUCAACGUGCUGAAAAUGGGAACCAAGAUAAUUGCUUUACAAAAGAGCCUUAAAGGGAAGGCUUUACCCUGUUUCCCAUCAAGAUGAAUUCAUGCCCAUUUGCAGACCAGAAGCCAUAUAUAAUGACCAAGAUCACCGGGAAACUAUGGUGUGACACAGGUCCCACAAAAACUUGUUACUAGUGAAAAGAGCACAGAGAAGGCAGACCUGAGUUGUUCUGAAGUGUGAUGUAGCAUUAGUCUGGUGAAAAGCAUGCAUGUUAGGAUACUGUUGUCACUGAAUUAUUCUGAACUUACAUUGUUGUAACAGCAGAAGCUACACUUUAAUAAGAUUCUCCUUCAAAAAGUGAGUUAAAGUUUCAUUAUGAGGCUCUCAGGGGCUGUUUCGUCUUGCAGUGAUUCCAUAGAAAUUGUCUCAGUUGUACAUGUAAAAACCUUUCAUAACUCAGCUUGGGAUCUGACAUGCAGGUUGGAUUUCCUCCUUUCUUUUGGUGUCACAUUUUUGAUUUGCAUUCUUAGCACCCUUGUUGCAUAUCACUGUUCCCAUAUCAAACAUGGAAGUCCACAAUGCCAUGGUUUUAGCCACUCUUCAGGGAAGGCCCUUUCUUCCUUUGCAAUAAAAACAACUCCCAAAAGUGUACAUGCAAAAUACAAAAUGCCAAGAAAAUUCCAGCAAUUCAAGUGAGAGCAUAGCAAAUGCUCCAUUUCAUUUCCCCCAGAGUAGCU